CUAAAAGUAUUUUUAUGAUCGUCCAUCUCGUUUAUUUUCUUUUCAAGGAAGCGAGUGGUAACAUUAGCUACAGUUUCAUUUUCGAUGAUGAAGCAAGGAUAGUCGUGUAUCUGGGUCUUUAAUUAUCGAUCGCGAAACCCAGAAGUCUCUUUUUCUCUUACCCCACGUUGAUCCAUUCCCCAUUUCCUAUUCAUCGCCUCCAAUGUCGCGACAUCGGAGACGUUCUCACCGCGACUUCUCGAUUGCUUCGCUUUUCAAAACUUCACGGAAGCGAACUGAAUCGGAAAUGAAAAGGCUUUCCUUCGAGACUCGACAAUCCUUUUGCUUUAUCAUCCAUCAAGAAGCGCUUCCAAAGCCAUCGGAUCCUUCCUUCAAGAUACGUCUUUUCAAACGGACACUCCACUAGUAGAAAGAGAGUCACUAUGUCGAUGAUUAUAUAAUAAAAUCAUAAAAUAUUUAAAGAAGAAUACGGUUUCGUCUUCGUUGGAAAGUAAUUUAUUUGUCGCAUCUAGAUGAAUGAAAUUAAAAACAAAGAAUUAAGAAUAGAUGUCGUAAAUGUUUUAUACAACGAAAUAGCAUUUAUUAUAAAUUGUUCAUUUCUUUGAACAUAACGUUUUUCAAAAUAUUAUUUAUUUUUUAUUUUCUUUCUUUUUCACUUAAAAGUAGAUGCGGCAAACGAAUCACUACGCCAUCAAAGAUUUUUCGUUAUUUUAUUAUUUAGAUUUCUUAGGCUCAUUUCGAUCCUUCUCCUUGUCGUAGAAAUUAAUGAAAGUGAAGAGAACGAAGAAAGUAGGUAUUCCACGGGUUGUAGCUUCUCGAGGAGUAAAAAUUAUUAUUCUACGAGACCGACCUCUUCUUUUUCCUCUCCCUUUGUCACAACUUUCAAGCUUUUCAUCCUCGUAAGCAUUAAACUGCCGAUGAAAGAGCAGAGAUGCACGGAAUGUCAAUCAACGAUAUUAAACUCGAUUCUCUGCAUCUGUCAUAUUGAUAUGUAUAAAUUGAUGAUACCGAGUGUCGCAUCAAAAGCAUGGAUUUAUUUCAUUGGGUCAUGAUAAAGAAAUAAUAUUACAAAGAAAAAUAGUGCAUAUAUUUGCAUAAACACAUAUAAAGGUAUUUCUCAUUACCACAUAUAGUUGCACACACACACAUAUUUCUUUUUAUUCAUAUUUUUUAACAGACCUUGUCAAAAAACUUAAUCAGAAUCUAAGAUCAAUAAUCCGAUUAUUUCGGAAAGAUUUUGCAUUUUUAAAUUUGCUGUAACGUACCUUAAAAGGAGAACAUCUAAGAGAAAAAUCGUGAAAUUUUUCAUAACUUGUCGUUCUGUUCUAAAAAGUUAUAGUACUUGCAAUUAGAAACCUAACGGAUCACGAUACAGAUAAGGAAGAAAUGUAAUAACGUAGAAUGACACUAGACGCUUUAACACCAGAAAAAAGAAACGCUUUUUUCACUUUGUCUCUCUUCCUCUCCAGUACCUUGAAGAUACCGAAGCGAAAGGUGGGGAAAGUAUAAAAGAAGAUUCACAGAGAAAUACCUUUCAAGUUAUUCGACGCCGGUCUAUCUAUAUCCGUCGUCAAAGCUUUAGCGUUCGUUCUAUUUUUCAUAUUGUUAAUGGAAUUCGUGGAACUGUUCGAAGUACACAAAUACAUAAGAUCAUAUAAAUUUUACAAUCCAAAGUCACGAGGACGAUCACGUUGGAUCUCUCGUUCGCCGAAAUAUUAUGGAGCAAAAAAAUCUACAAAGAACCAUUAUUAUUCUCGUCCUGGAUACCCAAGAUAUGCGCCUCUCUACGAAGAAUCUUCAGUCUCGGACAAUCAACCAUACACGAUAAUUAUCCAGCUACCCAAACGUGAAGAAAAACGUAGAAAUCGUUAUUACGAGAAAUACUACGACAGAGACGAUACUCACGAAUACACUGGAAACGAACAUUAUAAUGACCGCGACGAGGAUUUUGGUUCGAGAGCAUUUCAUAUCGGUGAGAAGAAAGUACAAAUUAAAGUUACAGAAGAUGCAGGUUCAAAGGUGCAUAUAAAGGUAUCAAGAAUCGACGACGACAAAGGAAUCGAGAUAGCCGAUAAAAAUAAUACGACCGUAUUAACGACGCCAAUAUUUUUGAGCAGCAAAUUAUUACCAACUCAUACUGCAGAGACAAAUUUGUUGACUUUCAAGCCACCAUUAUUUUUUCAAAGACAUAUACAGGGUAUUUAAUCGAAUUAUUCCUAUUUCGUGACGUCCAGUAACAUUAUAUGUCAUACUCAUCCAAUAAUAUUGAUGAGUAUGACAGGAACGAUCGUUUCUUUUUUUUUAUCAUCGAACUCAUACAAUCUUUAUGGAGAAGACUGAAUCUUUAUUAGCUCGGUAUUUUAGUUAUCGAGAAAGGAAGCUACGGCGAUGUAGCAAUACAAAUUUGAUAGAUAUUUAUAUUUAAUAUUCGAAUCGACUGCAGAAUUAGGAGAAACGAGAAUCAGAUAUAGUAUAAAUUUUUAAUGGCAUGUGCUCUCUAUUUUUAUUUAUUUUUUUUUUUUAUAACAUAUACGCUGUUUAUUGUUGGUCAUUUUUUAAAUAUUAAUUUAUUGCAAAGACAAUGUAUAGAGAUGUAUAUCUAAAUGUAUAUUGUAUGAAAUAUCGUACGUAAAAAUUGCAUGAGAGAAUUGAGAAAUCAAGAAAUAUUAAGUCCCUACUACGAAACAUCCUCCACUCGAAGAAACAGAAAGAAUUGUGUCGUAAUAGGAGGAAUGGUGUAUCGAAUAUUGGCAACUAAAUAUCGUGGACGACCCAGAUUUAAGGCUACUCCUUGCCAGGAAAUCCAUCCGCAUUUACCUAGACCUUUCUUAACGACGCCACAGCUAGAAAGAUUCCACGAAUCCUUCGUCCUUCGGAAACGUCAAAAUACUUCGUUCUUUUCCUUUUUCCUCCAUUUACUCUUGUCGAGUGACGAGUCGUAAUGACGACGGUGAAAAAUAGAGAAGAAUAAAGAGAGGCAGAGAUACAUAUAAAAGGAAAAAGAGAGAGGAGCGGAUAGAACGAGAGAAAGGAUUCAAGGGUUAUAAUCCUUGAAGCACCUUUUAUACCAUCAUUCCAGUACCUCUAUGUACAUCAUUCCCUAUUUUCCCCCUUUUUUCUCUUUCUCUUUUUUACUCUCUUAUAUUCUCGUAUUCCAUUUCAUUAUUUUAGCAGUAACUAGUAGACCUCGAUCCACAGGCAUCUUCUUUUUUCUCAUUACAUUUUUAAUGAAAAAAAAAUAAAUAAAUAAAAAUAAUAAAACAGUAAAUGGGUGGAUGGGAAAAACAAAUAUUUCGAAAUGAAUCAUACAGAAACACGUCAUUUCUCAAUGUAGUUUUUAUUUCUAACAUAAUAGUCAACGAACAUAUCGUAAUAAUAAAUAAUAGUAAUAAUAUACAGUGCUUGUCGUCUUUGUUCAUUGUACGGUGUUAGUAUUUCUUUUUUUUUCUUUUUCGCUUCGUCGUAAACAUCGUCAUCAAUUAUUAUUGUAAUCAUGAGUCACGGUGGUGUGUUUGUUGGCUUUACGUACGUUUUCUUAUUUCUUUUUUUUUGCAGUCGUCGCUGUAGUCUCUUGUGUUUUAUUUUCCUCAUUAUAUUCCUUCUUUUUCUUCUUCUUCCUCUUUUUUGUUCAUUUUAUUUGUUUCUCGUAACACGGUUCACAACAUCGAUAAAGACACUCGCGCACAUUCAGACGCAUCCCUUUUUUUAAAGCCGAUCCUACGUCGGAAAAUAUAUUGUUCUUUUACUUCACGUAUUCUCUCCCUUUCUAUCUCUAUCUCUCUUUUGCUUUUAAGCUAUUUUUCUCUCUCGAAAACAAGAUAUUUUAACAAUUCUUUCUCUAGUAAAUUCGAUGCAUAAGUAGGGUGACUGAAUGUAAAAAUUUUAUUUUAUUAUUUUCAAUAACUUUCUGUCAGAGUCCAAUAAAAUAUAUGAAUUUUAUAUUUUUCAUCUAUCGAGCAAAUCUAUCGGAGAUCAUUACAAAAUUACAUUCCAUGAAAAUAAUUCAGUAAAUAAACCAUUAUUCAAAUAUACAAUAGCUUACUCUAGCACCCUACGUUUGAUAUGUGUUUUUCAUUUGCGAUUUCUUUAUUUCGUACCUUUUCUGAAAUUAUCGCAGCCGAGUAUCGAUCGGUUGAUAAUUAAUAUUUGCCACUGAUAGUAUGGAAUAGAAAAUUUAAAUGUAAAUAAACCGAAAGAAUUUGUAUCUUUUUCACAGAUAGGGAGAGAGAAAGAGAAAGAGAA